UCAGAGCAUUAACAGCACAAACGGUCCUGGGUUUGAUUUUCAAGAACACACACUGAUAAAGCGCUCUUUAAUGGAUAUAAGUGUCUGCUAAAUGCAUAGAUGUAACGCACAUUUUAAGAAAUCUUUCUUCCAAAGCUCACAUUUCUAAAUCUCUUUCCAAGUUUGUCUUUGUGCUUUUGUCAAAGAUUAAAAAGAUCAAAUAAACUUUACUCCAAAACUUUGAUGAACUUUGGUGUGUGUGCAGGUGAUGAAGUGAAGUCAGUGUCAGUGAUGGAGGGAGAUUCUGUUACUCUACACGCUGAUACUGAAAUACUGAGUGCUCAUCUGAUACUGUGGAGGUUUGAAACUAAUGGGACUCUCAUAGCUAAAAUCAAUAAAGACACCAAUAAGACAUCAAUAUAUGCUGAUGUUCUUGAUGGGAGAUUCAGAGACAGACUGCAGGUGAAUAAUCAGACUGGAGAUCUCAUCAUCACAAACAUCACAACUCAACACACUGGACUUUAUCAACUGACCAUCAGUGGCAAACAGAAGGCCUUACACACAUUUAAUGUUACUCUCUAUGCUCGUCUGCCCAUUCCUCUCAUCUCUAUUUACUCUCCUCAAAACUCUUCAUCAAUCUCAAACUGUUUAUUAUUGUGUUCAGUGUUGAAUGUGAAAGAUGUGAGACUGUCCUGGUAUAAAGGAAACAGUUUAUUGUCCAGCAUCAGUGUGUCUGAUCUCAACAUCAGACUCUCUCUACCUCUGGAGGUUGAAUAUCAGGAUACAAACACAUACAGCUGUGUACUCAACAAUCCCAUCACAAACCAAACUCAACAUCUCAACAUCACUCAUCUCUGUCAGCCGUGUUCACAUACAACAGGUGUGAUUAAUAGUGCUUACUUACUGAUCUAA